AUGGGGAUCACGCGCGACUCCCUCCACAAGCGCAACAAGACUGGAGGGCGCAAGGGCAAAUGGAGGAAGAAGAGAAAGUAUUUGCUCGGUCGACCUUCCGCCAACACUAAGCUGUCCGCCAAGGUGGCCGUGAGGCGCGUGAGGGUGCGCGGGGGCAACUUCAAGUUCCGGGCCCUGCGGCUGGACUCCGGCAACUAUUCGUGGGGAUCGGAGGCGAUCACCAAGAAGGCUCGCCUGGUAGCAGUGUCCUACCACCCAACCAGCAACGACCUGGUCCGAACUCAAACCCUCACCAAGAACGCGAUCGUUCAAGUUGACGCAUAUCCAUUCAAACAGUGGUACCUGCAGCACUAUGGGGUUGAGCUGGGUGUGAAGAAGACCGGUUCCAAGUCUUCCGAAUAUGAGGUCCUCCCUGACUUCGACAACCUCAAGGCGUCGUCCCACGUGAAGAGGAAGUUGAGGGCGCGCCUGGCGACCCGCAAGCUGGACCCCAAGGUCGCGGAGCAGUUCCAGACGGGCCGGCUGUACGCCUGCGUAUCCAGCAGACCAGGCCAGAUGGGCCGCGCGGAUGGCUACAUCCUGGAGGGCAAGGAGCUGGAGUUCUACCUGAGGAAACUGCACAUCAAGAAGAAGGGCGCCAAGGCCGCCGCCUGA